UUGUGUUGAGAGAAUUUAUUAGGAAUUCUAGAAUAGUUUUGUUGAACUACUCAAAUCUGUCAAGAAACUCAUCUUUGAUUUAUUUUAUAACUGUGUUGAAGUAAUUUGUGUCAAUAGUUGCACUGAUUUUAUCAUGUGACUGCUUUAGACAUUUAAAAUAAAGUAAGUGCAUAUCUUCUGCAAAAAAAAAAAAAAUUACUUCAAAAUAAACUAAAUCUUCUACCAAAACAUAGGCUGGGUUUUCCUUUCCUUGCAGUUUUAGAUUCAGCUCAUUUCCUUUCGCUCUUACUUCCACCAAAAAGUACAAUUUUGGCAACCAUUUGUCGUUUUUUAUUCGAGGUGAUUAACGCCUUUUUUCAUUUAGGAAUGUAUUUAUUUCAUUCAAGCACAAUGCAAAACGUUUCAAGCCCUCGCACUUUUAUAAAGAUGGAUGCCGGAAUACUGAGUCUCCAUCUCGUUAAAGAGUUCUUUAAACUGAAGAUGUUUGAGAAUCAAUCCUGGAAGAUCUUCUUUUGGACCCUGGGAAGAAAUAUAACAGACAAUAUAACAGACAUAAUGGGCAACUUGUGCAGUGCCUUUUAUGCAAGUGAUAAGGCAAAAAAAAGUACAGACCUUUGUGUUCCUCAAGACUCCUCUGGACUUAAUGUUUGUCUAAAGGAUCAGACUGACCUAGCAGACGUAUUUAGUCUUGGGGAUGAGAAUCAAGAUACAAAAAGUACAGACCUUUGUUUUCCUCAAGACACCUGUGGACUUAAUGUUUGUCAAAAGGAUCAGACUGACCUAGCAGACUUCUCCAGUCUUGGGGAUAAAAAUCAAGAUACAGAUCCUCAUCAUUUCACCAGUGACCAGUCUAAAGUCCAGUCAGAUGAGAUUGAAGGUCCACUAAUUGGUGAUCAUGAAACUCAGGAGUCAGAAGGUGGAGAAGCUGAUCUACACAAAUAUCUUGUGGGCUGUGAGAAGAAUCCAGUUUGUCCAAAGGAUCAGACUGACCUAGCAGACUUAUCCAGUCUUGGGGAUGAGAACCAAGAUACAGAUCCUCAUCAUUUCACCAGUGACCAGUCCAAAGUCCAGUCAGAUGAGGUUGAAGGUCAACUAAUUGGUGAUCAUGAAUUUCAAAAGUCAGAAGGUGGAGAAGCUGAACUACACAAACUUCGACGUCACUGUAAGAAGAAUCCAGGUCACAGCAAGUUUAUACCUGUUGAUACAUUCGCCUUGAAAAAUUUACCUGACGAUCUUCAAGACGAUGAUUUGUGUGAACUCAUCAAAGUUACAGCUGACCUCACUGUUCGAAUUAAUGUUAGAAAGAUAAGUCCACACAGACCUGAGCAUUGGCCUAAGAAAUCUCAACCAUAUCCAUAUUUUAAUACGUCAGAAAACAAAAAUAAUGUAUAUGCAGGAAGUGGAAGAGUGUGGAUUAUAAACAAGUAUCAAGAUGGAGACACACACUGGGGACGUACUGGCUACACAAAGUGUUGGUGUAGAAAAUGUGAAGGUUCAAACUCAUCCAGCAAAGUGUGGUGGGAGUUUGGAGUGAACACAGCCGCACAUGUGGUUUUUGAUAACAUUGAGGCCAAACACACAACCUUGAGAUUGUUUUAUGAUAGUGAUGAAAGUCCAGAGGUCAUUGUUGAUAAGCUCUGUGUUACUGAUACCAUAAUUGAGGAUGACAUGUGUGAGUUGAGAUGUGUGACAUGUAAUGCUGAAUUAGGAAAAAAACUGAUGAAAAUAUGCAAACAUUUUGAAAAAAUCAAGAGGAAAGUCUAUCACAAAUACUCUAACUCUAGAUCUAAAAAAAAUUUGACCUUUAUAGUGUCACAUCCUCAUGGAUGUUCUAAACAAGUCAGUGUUGGUCAGUGGAAGAACAAAAUAGAGGUGGGUGUUGAUAAAUCUAAGUUUACUUAUACAACUUGUACAUGUCCAGGAAGUAGUGGAGCACAUGUCUACUGUCUAGGGUAUGACUGGACUUGGACUAAUCUUGUCCACAGUGGAAGUUUGGAGCCUGAGUUAAAUUACAGUGGAACUUGUCGUGUCUUACACUUGUAAGUUGUCCAGCUCCACCAUGAAGAUGUCUUUGAGAACCCUUGACAUUCUAAACAUCAAACACAAAUGUCUCUUUAGUCUUGAGAUAAAUACAUUUAUACUUUGUAAUAGAUAUUGAUUGAUUAGUUUGGUAGAAACAUUUUGUUUUGGACUUAG